AUGCAGUUCUUCAGCACUGUCCUCCUGCUCCUCUCCGUCUACCUCGGUCUCGUCUCUGCAGGUCCCGUCGCGGAGCGCCGGUCGUCGUUCACCCUCCAGAAUGGCAAGGAUGCUCAAGCUCUGAACGCCAAGUUUGCGAAGCUCUCGGCCGACACCCCCUGCACAUCGGGCGAUGUGGCUUGCGUCGGUGGCGCGUUUUCACAAUGCGUCAGCGGCCACUUCGUGACGACAAAGUGUGCGGCCAGUUUGAUUUGCGUGGCACUGCCGCUUGUCAACAGCAAAGGCACCAGUGUUACUUGCGACACUCAGUCCGAUGCUGCUGCUCGCAUUGCGCGGACAGGUGCAUCUGGCGGUUUGAAGGGCCGUGACCUCGAGGCGCGCGCUUCGUUCACUUUGGCCAACGGUCAGGAGGCCCAAAGGCUGAACAACCAGUUCAAGAGCCUCCACGCCAACAGUCCCUGCCAAUCUGGCCAGAACGCAUGUAUCAACGGCGGUUUUGCCCAAUGUGUUGCAGGCCGGUUUAUCCUGACGCCGUGCAACACUGGCUUGACGUGUUUUGCCCUCCCCUUGGUGAACUCCCCCGGAACGAGCCUUGUCUGCGACACCAAGGCGGAUGCCCAGGCUCGCUUCAAGGCUUCUGGUGCUGGUGGAAUAUUCGGUCGUGAUUUGGAAGUGUCCGAGUAG